AUGGCUGACAGAUUGACACAACUACAGAUAUGCUUGGACCAGCUCGUGGAACAGUUUUCCGCUACGCUUAACUAUGUCACCAGUGAGGAGCCCACACCGGGCCCGCCUGUGGCAGAACCACAGGCCCAGAGUCCCUCUAAACGCGGCGAUUCCCCCGCUGAAAGCCAUACGGCCCCAAAUCCCUCUACAGAAGUGUUGGCAAUGACCUUGGUGCAGCAGGAAGAGGAAUUCACCAACAAUGUGAACGAGCUCUCCACCGACAUCAUUCUCAAGACACGGCAGAUUAUCACGUUGAUUGACAGUUUGCCGGGGAUCGGUGUAUCGCCCCAGGAGCAGUUGUUCAAGAUUCAGUCCUUACAGACAAAGUUGGACUUGGUGGAGAAAGAGCGUAUCGAGAAAAUCAAGCAGAAAAACGAGCUAUUGGACUGGUGCGAGGAGGUGAUUUUGCAGGUUGCUGGUGAUAUGGCGUCCUGA